AUGGCGACCGCCCCCGACUACAAGAAUAUUCCGCACUCUCACCGGCUGCCUAUCAACCACCGCGAAGUCCAGCGCACCUUCACGAAGCUCUCCCGCCAAUCUCUCGUAUCGCUCGCGCUGCAAUGGCUCAGCAAGAAAAAUCGCGACUUUUGCAAGCCGUACCUCCUUAGUGAUCGUAUAGAGGAGGAUGAAGACGAGAUAUACGAGCCGGCGCAAAGCUAUGAUGUGCUUCAAGAGACAUAUAAACAGUUAGCCGCGCGUAAAGGUGGCAGGAGAGAGGUGCUUGACCGCAUACUCGAGGGAGAUUGGAGACACGGCAUAUCCAUGUAUCAACUUGCAACGGCUGAGAUACAGUAUCUUCUCGACCAUCCAAAUGCAUUGCGCUGGACAGCGAAGCGUCUUACCAAGAUACCGAAUGCGCGAUCACCAGUAACGGACAUGGAAGUCACCAAUGAUUCGGAUCACCUCCCGCGAUUCCAAGCGCAAACCUUCAUGUUAAAUCUCGCAAGGCAGUUGACGCCGCUUAUGAAAGCGCAUUACCUGAUUACACGGAUAAAAACGUCGCCUAUGACAAUACUACGAGUCUACAUCCACGAUUCGCCGUACAGCAACGAAGCAUCGCUGAUCGCUGAGUCCAGUAGCACGGACAGCGCGAAAGCCGUCUUCUUCGUGUGGCCGAACGGUUCGCCUUUCGUAUACUCGUCGCUAGCCACGCUUACCGGCCAGGUCGUGGGGGAUGAAGGACGACACCUGAGGGAUAUCGUGCAGCAAGCGAUACCGAAGGCUUUCUCAAGGCCGUCUGCGCGUUACCAGUUGACAAGCACAAACUUUACCACCAAGUCACUCGAUGCGCUUUUGACGUACCGUGGCCCUGGAAAGAGCAAUGCUGCAGCAGGUGGCUGGAGCAUUUUCCAAGAUCAUAGUUUUAGUCAGAAUGCGUUAGACUUCAUCACCACGCAAAAAGGUGAAGGGCAAGAGAAGGCUAUAGGCGAGAAAGGCAAUACCAACGGUGGACUCAAAGCUGGACCAGGUAGACCUAAGCGACCACUGGACGAUAAAGAAUCUUCAGAGGCCAAACGGAGGAAAGAGGUAGCUGCUGGCCGGUUUGGUACCUCAGCACAGCCCAACGACGGUCAAGGUCUUGAACGAUUCGAAGUUCGCAUCGAUGACCCAUUCCCAUCUCCAUCCAACGGCAGUACUACGACGCAAAUAGACGGCGAUACAUCGAACCUUGAUACCCAAUCCAUCAAUCGCACACGACGCGGCCGCCCUUCUCUUCUCGAUAGAACUGCAGAAGACCUUGAGGAGAUACAGAAUGAGGAGGGCUGGGUACCGAAUGUGCGUGUCACGUUCCAAGGGACGCAUGUGUUCGCCGGUAUCAGGCAGUUGGUUGAAGAAGGCAUUGUAGAUGGGGAGAAGAUGCCAGGCUGGAUGACUGGUCAAGCAGGUGUCACAAUAGGUUCGGUCAAAGACGGACGCAUUCGGAGCAAAGGUGGUGUGCCUGGGGUUUAG